AUGGCGAAGCGGAAGAAGUCGAUUCGUAAGCCUGAUAUUCUCACUGAUGAUCGGCCUGAGAUUGCUCAACAGAAGGUUGGGCUCGGCUCUGAGGGAGGCGCGGUCGCCGAUCUUGAGCAGGGCAAGGAAGCGCCUAGGUCUGGGAAUGUACAGGAUGGUUCGAUAGAUCAUGUGCUGGGCAAGGAAGUGCCAAGUCCUGGGUUUGUGCAGGAGGGUUUGACAGAUCAACAGGGUAAGAAUUCCAAGCCUUUUGUGGCGGAGGACGAUGGUUUGGGUGCUGGGAAGGGUAUGUCUCCUGGGCGGAUAAGAGUGAAGAAGAAGACAGAGAAUGGGCAGAAAUUGGCUCAAGUGGAUGUUGAAGAGGUGCAGAUUCAGUCAGCGAACUGGAGCUCUGCAGUGGUUUGUAUGGUCCUUGGAGCUAAUCCUCCAAUUGCAGUGUUUGAAGGCUUCAUCAAGAGGGUUUGGGGUCAUCUAGGGAUUGUCCAAAUUUCUAGGAUGACUUUGGGGCUUACUUUGGUGAAAUUCAACGAUGAAGCAACAAGAGACCAUGUACUUGAGAAUGGAGUUCUUCAAUUUGAUAGAAAACCUGUCAUUGUGAGGCCAUGGACAGCAGACCUUAGUGCGAUUCGUUUGAUUCAUUCAGUUCCGCUGUGGAUUCGUCUUCAUGAUCUGGGUCUGCAAUAUUGGGGGAGUAAGUGUAUUAGUGCUUUGGUUAGCACGAUUGGCAAACCUCUUUUAGUUGAUAAAUUUACUAAGGAUCGGUCUCGUGUUCAGUUUGCGAGGGUGUUGGUAGAGAUGGAAAUUACAGAUAAUCCUCACCAUAGCUUUCAAUUCAUCAAUGAACAUGGUCAGGUGGUUGAACAAGGAAUAGAGUAUGAGUGGUUACCUACAAAAUGUAAGAGCUACUCGGGUUUUGGGCAUACAAUGGCUGAUUGUCGAAAGGAUCAUAAGGCAGUUUGGGUGGAGAAAAUAGUUCACUCUAAGGUCGAGAAUCCUCUGGACAAACAAGAGUUUUCAGAGGGACCUAAGGAAGGGAUAACAGAGGAGGCAAUGGAGGGGCCUAAACAUAUAGAAGCCUUAGAAAAAGGUAAGGGUGAUCCUUCUCUUUCGGUGGAGACUGAUUCUGGGCUGAAGCAAAACAGGGAAGUGAAGUGGUUAACUCCAAAGCGAGUUAUCUCUCAGAGACAGGGUCAAGGAGCUGGUAGUUCUUCUGUGGCUGUUGCGUUUCAUCAUCAGAAAAACCAGUAUGGCAUUUUGCAGGAGCAGGAACGGGGAGGUAAGGGUUCUGUUCAAGAAGUUUUUAGGAAGUAUAAAAUUGGUAUUAGUGGUCUAUUGGAGACCAAAUUACGUGGGAAUAAACUUGAUGAAUUUAUGGAGCAUAAAUUCCCUAACUGGGAGUUUUAUUCUAGUUCAGUAACUGAGGGUAGAUUGUUAAUUCUUUGGCGGAAAGGGAUAGCCCGUUUGAGUAUUUUGGAAGACUCACCUCAGUUGGUUCAUUGUCAGGUUAAUUGGGUUGGUCACCAGGAGGUUUUCUUUGUUUCUUUUGUGUAUGGAUUCAAUUCAGUGGAAAAUAGAAGGAGUCUUUGGCGGGAUUUAACUCGUAUUCCGGGUUCAGUCAAAGCGUGGUUGGUUCUUAGGGAUUUUAACACUCCUUUUUCAGGAGGUGAUAGGUCUGGAGGAAGUGCUAUUUCUAGUUCCGAACUGGCUGAUUCUAUUGAUUGGAGAAAUAUUGCUAAAACAGAAGCUAUCAAGAGCAUAGGCUCUUUUUUCACGUGGACAAACAACCAGGCAGGCUUAGAAAGGAUUUAUUCUAAAAUUGAUCAUGCUUUUAUAAAUGAGGAGUGGUUGGAAAAGUUCCCUCAAUGUAUGGCUGUGUUUCAAUGGGAGGUGGUGUCAGAUCACUGUUCUUGCUUAAUUUCUAACUUCCCCUUGAAGUUGAUGGGAACAAAGCUAUUCAGAUUUUUCAAUUUAUGGGCAAAUCACCCUGAUUUCAAUCACCUGGUUUUGAAGAGUUGGAGAGUUCCUGUGCAUGCUACUAGUUUAAAGGCUAUUUUUAUCAGGUUAAUUCGGCUGAAACACCAACUUAAGAAGCUCAAUAGGGACAGAUUUGGAGAUGUUGGCGCCUGUUACCAAUCAGCUCUAGAGGCUUUUCAAACAGUUCAAUUAAAAGCUCAGGAGAACCCUCAUAAUCAUCAGUUGCAAGAAGUGAUUAAGGACAGAGCUUCCGAAUACCACUAUCAAGAACAUAUCUAUCAUAGCUUCCUUGUCCAGAGAAGUUUGCUGGUUGAUAAUGGCAAGGAGGUGGUAGACCAUUUUGUUAAGCAUUUCCAGAAUCACCUUGGCAGUUCAAGCUCAGCUACAGGGACUAUGAACCAGAACAGUAUAGCUACUGGUUCUAAACUAUCAGUGGAGCAGCAACUCUACCUCCUUAAUCCCUUUACUGUUAAGGAAAUUAGAGCUGCAUUGUUUAGUAUUCCUAGUACUAAAUCUCCUGGACCGGAUGGAUAUGGCUCUGGCUUCUUUAAGUCUAUGUGGAAGGAUAUUGGCCAAGAUAUUUGCUCAGCAAUAAUGCAUGGUUUUUCUACUGGUCAGUUCCCAAAGGAGCUUCAUGAAACAACUUUAUCCUUGCUCCCUAAAGUGGUUAACCCAGCGAGAGCCUCUGAUUAUAGACCUAUCGCGUGUUGCUCGACCUUGUAUAAGGUCAUGGCUAAGUUGCUUUGUUCUCGGUUAGCAGUGGUGCUGCCCUCUCUCAUACAAUCUAACCAAGGUGCGUUUGUUCGUGGUAGAUCUAUUGCGCAUAAUAUCAUGAUUCUUCAGGACUUAAUUAAGAAUUAUGGUAGAGCUCUUACCUCUCCUCGUUGUGCAAUCAAAAUUGAUCUUAGCAAGGCUUAUGAUAUGGUGGAUUGGUAUUUUUUGGAAAACCUCUUGAAGGCCUACUAUUUUCCUAUGAAGUUUAUAGGCUGGGUUAUGAACUGCAUCAAGAAUACUUCUUAUUCCUUAUUGAUUAAUGGCCGGGUGCAAAGUAGUUUCAAGGGGGAAAAAGGUCUGCGUCAAGGGGACCCGAUGUCCCCUCUUCUCUUUGUUCUCAUCAUGGAAUACAUGACAAGGUGUUUGCAACUGGAUGCCAGAUCUCCUUCUUUUCGGUUUCAUCCUAUGUGUAAGAGCUUGAAACUCAUUAAUUUGUGUUUUGCCGAUGAUGUAAUUCUAUUUUGCAAGGGCUCUUGUGCUACUGUAAAUAUCCUUAAGGAAUCUCUAAGAAAAUUUAGUGAAGAAUCUGGGCUGUCUAUUAACACCAAAAAGUCUCAGAUUUAUUUUGGAGGGGUUUCGACAGAUGUGAAGACUAAGAUUCUGCAGGUGCUUCAGCUUCCAGCAGGGUCUUUCCCUCUUCACUAUCUUGGGGUGCCUUUGAGGCCUACCAAGUGGAAGCAUGCGGACUGUGAAGUUAUAAUUCAAAAGAUGAGAACUAAGCUUUUUUCAUGGUCUAGUAAACAUCUUUCUUAUGCUGGCCGAUUACUUCUGAUUCAAUCUGUUUUAUUCGGUUUGAGAAAUUUCUGGAUGUCAGUUUAUUGCCUCAAAGCAUAA